UCCUUUUAAGACUCUCCAGUUGCUUAGGGGAAGGGGAGCAAUGUUGCUCGCUUCCUGUUCAGGCAUGAUCACACAGCUGCACUUCCUGCUCUGCCCUCGUUCCUGUGGACUCUGCCUCCUCACUGUGGAGAUGCCCCCGCAAGUCCAGGGUCCUGGAGCCAGGAAUUUUAAAAAACCAUGAAUGCCAGGAAGCUCGCCUUAGCUUCUCUGAUACAUGACACCAGCUGCCCUGGGGAGCUGUCUGAGAGCCACCGGCUAAGGAGGAAAAAGAACUGGUCCUGGUCGCUCGUCGUGGCCGCUCUCGUGGGAGCCUUCGGAUCUUCCUUCCUCUAUGGGUACAACCUUUCCGUGGUGAACGCGCCCACGCCGUAUAUCAAGGCCUUUUACAAUGAAACGUGGCACAGAAGACAUGGACAUCCCAUAGACCCGGAUACCUUGACCCUGCUCUGGUCUGUGACUGUGUCCAUAUUUGCAAUUGGUGGCCUGGUGGGGACGCUGCUGGUGAAGCUCAUCGGAAAGUUUAUUGGGAGGAAGUACACGCUACUGGCCAAUAAUGGAUUUGCAAUUUGUGCAGCAUUGCUGAUGGCCUGCUCACUCCAGGCAGGAGCCUUUGAAAUGCUCAUUGUGGGACGUUUCAUCAUGGGCAUGGAUGGAGGCAUCGCGCUCAGUGCACUCCCCAUGUACCUCAAUGAGAUCGCGCCCAAGGAGAUCCGAGGCUCACUGGGCCAGGUGACUGCCAUCUUCAUCUGCAUUGGCGUGUUUGUUGGGCAACUGCUGGGCUUGCCUGAGCUCCUGGGAAAGGAGAGCACCUGGCCAUACCUGUUUGGAGUGAUCGUUGUCCCUGCCUUGGUCCAGCUGGCGAGCCUGCCAUUUCUCCCUGAGAGCCCACGAUACCUCCUCCUUGAAAAGCAUGAUGAGGCAGGAGCCAUGAAAGCCUUCCAAACAUUUCUGGGCAAAGCAGAUGUCUCCCAAGAGCUGGAGGAGGUCCUGGCCGAAAGCCGUGUGCAGAGGAACCUCCAUCUGCUGUCCGUGCUGGAGCUGCUGAGGGCACCUUUUGUCCGCUGGCAGGUGAUCACUGUCAUCAUCACCAUGGCCAGCUACCAGCUAUGUGGACUCAAUGCCAUCUGGUUCUACACCAACAGCAUCUUUGGGAAAGCUGGGAUCCCUCAGGGCAAGAUCCCAUACAUCACCCUGAGCACUGGUGGAAUUGAGACGCUCUCUGCCAUCUUCUCUGGCCUGGUCAUGGAGCGCCUAGGACGGAGACCUCUCCUCAUUGGUGGCUUCGGGCUGAUGGCUCUCUUCUUUGGGACCCUCACUGUGACACUGACCCUGCAGGACCAAGCCCCCUGGAUCCCUUACCUAAGCAUUGUGUGCAUCUUGGCCAUCAUCGCCUCAUUCUGCAGCGGCCCAGGUGGGAUCCCAUUCAUCCUGACUGGAGAGUUCUUCCAGCAGUCAGAGAGGCCGGCAGCCUUCAUUAUCGCAGGCACAGUCAACUGGCUCUCCAACUUCGCUGUGGGGCUCCUUUUCCCCUUCAUCCAGGAGCUGGCCCCAGAUGCUAUGGACUGCCUCCUUAAGAAUGGGUCACUUAUUGCUGAGUGUGUGUAGAGAUCCUAUAUUGUGUCUUGAACUUAUGACCACUCUUGCAAAUGUGCUCACCACAGCGUCAGACAAACCUAAUAGAAAUGUUGCGGUAUGUGUCCUACCUACACUCUUAGCCUCCCAAGGAAAACAGUGAUUGGUAGGAAAAUGCCAACAUGUUCCAGAACCAGAUGCAAAUUUUUUGGGGUUUGCAGUGUUUGGGGCAACAAAAAUGAGUGGGCCCCAGUCUGUGGUUCUGGGGCACAUAACUGUUAGAGAUGGGGUUCUGAAGCAUAUGGGCUUCUGGAGAUGUGUUUCUGCGGUAUGUGGGCUGUUGGGGGUGUGGUGGUCCUCAAAGGCUUCUCAAAGAAAGUAGCAUUGGAGUAGAGACAUGAGAAAAAUAAGGAGCAGGAGCAGGGGAGUCUGGAAGUACAAAGUGCAGGCUAGCAUCAGAGCAGUGUAAAAGCCCUGCAGCUGGCUCGUGCUUGGCCGGGGCGGGAAACAGUGUACAGGCCAAUGCUGGCUCGUGCUUGGCCGGGGCGGGAAACAGUGUACAGGCCAAUGCAGCUGCAGCAGGGCAAGGCAGGGGAUCGCUGAGUGGAAAAUGAAAUUAUCCACAGGUCAGAGCGUGAAAGACAAGGACUGUGCAAGGAUUCUCCACGGAUAGAGGGCCCAGAGCACUCAGUCAGAAGGUGAAACAUCCCUAAUCCAGCACCCUCCAGAGCUCCCCGAUGCCCAUAACACAGGUGUGUCCACCUAGAGAAGGCAAGACUAUAUAUCACAUACCUCCAAAAAGGGCCUGUCAUCUCUUCUCAAUACCAUCAUCCUCCCUGACCCACUAUUCAAACCACUGCUUAGUGCCAGCCUGGCAUGCCUCAGCAAUCCUAGUACCAACCAGGUGAACAAAAAGGCCCUGUCCCCAGCCCACCAUGCUCAGACUCAACACAGCUGCAGACCUGUGGGACAGUCACUUCUCUCACAGCUGCAAACCAGUUCCUCUGUGCCACAGGCCCCAGGUCUGGCUUUAUGUCCAUGUCAUCUUCCAUGGCCCUCAGCCAGACUUACUCCUGACCCUCUUACAGGCAAGCCCACUGAAGGCAGGCAACAGGUGGUCUUCCCAGGCUUCACAGCACCCACCAAGCCCAGCUCCCCUGACUGCUUCUCUUUGUGGUGGCCUGCCAUGCACUGUGGACUCCUCAACCCAACAGCUGGAAGGCAUGUGCACCAUCUAGCCUCCAUCUUUGGCUGCAUUUAAGCAACGGCUCCCCGUCUCACAAUACUACAAGCCCCUCAAGGGCCACAGGGUACAGAGGGACCCAUGCUUUGUACUCUCCUCCUUGGGGUCUCUUGCCAGCUGCAGCCAGGACACAACAAGCUGCUUUUUCAUUUGGGCUCUUCCUGCUUGGUUAAAAGCUAGCAGGCAAAGCCUGGGGUCAGUAAAGUAUCCGCUACAUGGAGAAAAUUAACUUCAAGUUACCUGCUGGUUCUCUUUCCUUCACGGCUGAGCCUUCAUGGGCUCAGGGUAUACUCGCUGGGUCCUGAGGAUGAGCAGAGUAGAUCUUAUAGACACUGCAGACCUGAUGCCAUCCUGCCAGGCUGGGAUGAGAAGCAUUCACUGGCACGUUCACUCAAACAUCUAUUGAGCACUUGCCAUGUGUCAGCAAAUGCUCAACCCUGCCAGUACCAGGAGGACAGCCGCCAGCCCUUCUGAGAGACUCCCAAGGUCAUCCCCACUAGGCAUGCCAGAGCCAGACUCUGAGCACAAGUUCUUCACCCUCACCUGUACGACAAGGGGAGAAAGGAGGCUGUUGUUAUCUGGCAGAUUUAAUUUAUCCAAAAAAAAACUACACAUGGAUACAGAUAAAGGUUUACACAGAGAGUCAUUCCUCGGUGUCUUCUCAGGGCUCUGUGAUGAGUGUGUGUGUAUGUGUGUGUGUGUGUGUGUGUGAGAGAGAGAGAGAGAGAGAGAGAGAGAGAGAGAGAGAGAGAGAGAGUGCGUGUGUGUACAUGUACCUCAAACAUGUGCAUAGGUCAGGGAACAAUUUUCAAGAAUCUGUCUCAAGUUAGAUCUAGUAUCUUCUGCAUGCUUCAGGGCAGGUUGGUGCUGGUCUGUGUGGGGUGCUUAAUGAGCAGGGAAACUGAGGAUGAGUGCUCACAACUUACAGGCAGAGAGCCUGGGCUUGCUUGUCAGCUCUGCUGCUCUCGGGCAAUGUGCCCCUGGUUCCUCAGUCUUCAGACCUCACUGUGUGUCAAGAACAAUAGCAGAAUCUACUCACUGGGCUCUUAUGAGGAUCCGAGGUGCAGUGCAGGGAAAUCAUCCUUAGGAAGGGGAUAAGGUUGGUGGAUAAAGUGCUUGCUGCGCAAGAAAGAGGUCCUGAGUUCAAAUCCCAAGCACUCAUGCAAAAUAUCUGGGUGCAGAGACACAUGCCCGUAGUCUUUGUGCUGGAGAGGAGGAAAUGGAGAGAUCCUUGAGGCUUGCUGAUCAGUCUAUCCAAAUCAGGAAAUUCUAGGUUGAGUGAGAGACCCUGUUUCAAAAUAUAGCUUGCAGAGUGACUAAAGAGGACAUACCUCAACCCCUGGAUUCAAUGUGCACACACACACACACACACACACACACACACAAAUAAUAAAAUAAAAAUUAAAACAAAUAAAAUUUAAAAAGCGUCAUUACAUUUGACAGACCGCAGCUUAAGCCAGGCCAUGGGUGGGGUGGGUUCAGGGUGACAGACAAUCUUAGGGAAUAGGAUGACAUGGGCUCUGAGGAGUUCAGGUAGCAAGGCAGAUCACAGACCCGAAGGAUGGUGUGUAUGUGUGUCCCCGAGGCUGCUGUAAUUACAGCACGCACUUGAUGCCGUGUUUUAAUGGGACAUGUCUCCUCCAAGCUUCAUGCUAAAGUUUGGUUCCCAGUUGUGCUGCUCAGAUUUUUGUCACAGUGAAAAUUCCUGAGAGGAAGUGGUGGUCUCUUUUAGCUCACAGUUCACCAUUCCCAUCCAUCAACAGCUAACUCUAUUACCACGAUCAGAGAAUCAUGGCUCUGAGGACUUGGUGAGGUAAAGUAGUUCACAUAGCUGUGUCUGGGGAGCACAGAAGAGACAGGAAGGAGCUGAGGACAAGAUAAAUAUUCCUAGGCUCACACCCAGUGGUGCACUUCCUCUAACUCAGCCCCGUGUCCCACACUUCCAUCACCUCCAACAGUUCACUCACAUGAUGACUCCACCAGAGGACAGAUUCACUUAAGAAGGUCUUGUGGUCCAACUACUUCCCAAAAGGUCUUGGAAUGCUGCUGCAUAAGGGGCAAGACACAUGAGCCUGUUGAGGGGAGACCUCAUCUCCAAACCAGACUAUAAAACGGUGUUGAAGCCUUUCAUGGGUUUCAGAAGGCUCCAACUCGUGAAGAUGUCAAUGCUGUUCUCAGGGGAGUCAUCUCAGAGCAGGACGUUUUAGCUGUGAGCUCAACUCCCGUCUUCUCUCUUCCCGGGUAGCUGAUGUCCUAUGGCUGUCAUCUUGUGUGAUGUGUAUCGCCACCUCUCCCAUGUAAAGACAAUGACACAUAGAGCCCAUCCAUGUAAUCCAGGGCCUCCCUUUCAUAACUGGAACUUUAUCACACGCAUGCAACCCCACACCUCCCACUUUUUUUAAAGGGCAAGAUUUACAACAUAGGCCUGGAUCUUUGAAGACCAUUAUAUGAAUGGCUGUUCAUAGAAGUGAGGUGGGUUUUAGGAGCAGGGGAUGGACAUGUGAUUGGAAACUCUCAUCCCUAGAUUAGCACACAUAGGACCAGGAGAAGUCAUGUGAGCCCAGUUCUGAGUGACUGAAUACCUGGCCAAUCAUCACCCAGGAAAUGACUAGAAUGGGCUUGCUAGUUGUGGGAGACACACUUUCUAACUCAGCAUCCAACAACAGUCACUGCAUGCAUGCUGCCACUUCCUGUUCUCUAUGCAUUAUGGGCAGAUUCUGCUGGAACUUAAAUGUCCUACUGAGGAAUCCUCAUUUGUUCCAGUAGACCAAAGGGAUUCAAUCCUGAAGGCCAUGAGGUUCAUCUAGGAGUUUAGGGUGUCUGAUGGAUACUGGAGAAGUACCCAUCACAUGUUCUGAUGCAAUGUGGAAGGGGUGAGAUUGUCAAUAUGUGUCAAAACAGUGCAGACGAUCUGAGCAUGUUACCAAGGCUGGGCACCCACUGACAUCUGGUAACCCAUGAAGGAUGGAAAUCAGUGAGAAUGCACAGAAAAGCAUGUGGGUGUUUCUGGAAGACAUCCUUUCAGAUUCUCGGAAGCUGGAUUGGAGUGAGAGACUGUGGGCGGGGAGACAUGGUGUCUGGUAGUCUGCGGUUUACCAGGGAUCCUGUGCUAAGGUCUGGGUAGGGAGGGUAGAAGGUGCCUGCAAGGACAAGGUGAGGGGCACGAGGCAGCACCUGCAUGGAGAUGCUCUUCCCUGGCUGAGCAGACAGCCAAGCUGGCAGCAGGCACUUUGCUUCCAGGCAGCUCCAUACCCUGCUCUCCUCUUGCUUCAGCAAAAGCAAUCUACUGUUGACCCUCAGCAGCCUUUCCUUCCGACUGGUGGUGGGACACAGGGCCUUUGAACUGGUCCAGUGGAAAGAUUUGCAUAAUUGGAAUGAGGCAUCAUCAAAGCAACAAAGGUCUUAUCUGUAAGACAGUGGCUCCAUCUGGCCACUUCUGAACAGAGCUCCCUCCCCGCAGAAGCCCGGCCUCCAAACUCAGCUGCUUCUCAGUCCUUCCUCGGUUACUCCAGUUAGCAGAAGUGCUGCCUCGUGACCUGCUUGUAUCCCACAGGACAGGCAUGGUUGUGACACGGGCUCUAGCAGCACAGGGGUUUCAGAAUGAUCAAGCCCCUCUUCCUUCCUGCACAUAGUGAGGGUAUUUUGUAGGUCAAAUAGGUUGUGCCAAACUCGUAAACUGUUAACUCCUGCAAGUAAUCAAUGGAGACACAGGCACCAGCUCAGGUACAUAGAGAGUUUAAGGCCAGCCGGGAUGACACAAGAUUUUGUUUAAAAGUACAUGAGUGCACACACACACACACACACACACACACACAGAGAGAGAGAGAGAGAGAAAUGAAGUAAAAUUCCAUAGAUGGUGUAGAUACAAACAUAUAUAUGAGUGGAUAGAUAGAUAGAUAGAUAGAUAGAUAGAUAGAUAGAUAGACAGACAGAUAGAUAGAUCAUAGAUACAUAAAAAGAUGACAUGUACAUAGUCAGAUAAAAAAUUGAUUUGGGUUUAUUUAUCAAAGACAUACAUGUAACUUUCUCCAGGAUUAGGAGAAUAUUGUAGCACAAAAGAAAUGAGAGCAGUAAUCAAGACUAAAGAUGAGAAAAACAAAUAAAUACAAACAAGAAGGGGUCUCAGCAUGGACCAGAUGUGCUAGUGCAUCAAGAAAUGGGGUGUAUUGUAGGUUGAGGAGACGGUCAGUGGGUAAAGCACUUACCACACAGUGUGAGGACCUAAAUUGAGAUGCCCAGGUCCCCAAUGCCCAUGUAAAGAUGAGCACUGCAGCGUACCUAUAGUAAUCCCAACACUCCAACAGUAAGAUGGGAGGGCAGGUAGUCAAGUGAAUCCCUGGAAGCUCGUGAGCCAGACAACCUGCUAUACACAUAUACACUGCAGCAAACAGCGAAAGAUUGUCUCAAACAAGGAGGAAGGCAAAGACUGGCACCUGAGGUGAUCUCUGACUUCCACAUAGCAUGUGUGUGUGUGUUUGUGUGUGUGUGUGUGUGUGAGUGUGUGUGCAUGUGCACACACAAAUUAAAAGAAAAGGAAAUGAGGAAUAUGGUUAAUUCCAUCCUAUGUACUUGACGUUGGAGUGCAGUAGGAGACUGCAAAAGAGAACACUGAAGAAGUCUGCAUGUAAAUUUCCCACAACCUGAGCAUCACUGCUGACAGCCAGAGACCAAAGGUGCCAAUAUCACCCAGCCCUGUGCCCGAGAGCCCGGCAUACCAGGGACACUGCCUUGAGCAUACAAGCAUUUCACUGGCUGUCAUUUUGCAGGAGCCCUCAGCCAAUGUGUUAUGUAGGUUAUCUCAUGAAACCUAGCACAGCCCUACAGGAUAUGAGUGGGCCCUGAAGACACUAGACCACAGGGAACAUGCACUGAUUGGCAUUUAUUUUUUCUCCUGCUUCUGUUCCUCCUCCUCCUCUUCCUUUGUUCCCAAGAAAUUCUUAGGGAAUUCAAAUUGUAAAUGAUUCAUGUUUGCUGUGGAAACUAUGAAAAUAUAAUGAAUAGAAAUGA